AUGUUGGCUUUGUCGCUGGGCUGGCUGCUGCUCGGCGGCUUCAUCCUCUACAAGUUCUCCCUGUACAUCCAGACAACGCUCGCUCGCCGUCGCGCUGCGAAGGAACAUGGUUCAAGGCACCGCCGGCGUAUCCCGACUUUGACCCUAUCUUUGGCCUGGGGCUUGUUCUCGAGGCCAUCAAGAGUAACAAGAACGACUCCUUUCUCGAGGAUAUUCGCAACCGAUACCUCAAGUACGGCAACACAUUUAGCAGCAAGCUCACCGGCCUACCCAGUACGUAUCAUAUUUGCUAUUUUGGUUGUAGACGGGACAGCCCGAGGACUGCAAGUAUUUUCGACUUGCGAGCCUGAGAACGUUAAGACGGUGUUUGGCUGUCAAGUUCAACGACUACCCAGCUGCCGCUGCGCCGCAAAGCCCGGCUUCCGCGAGCUCUUUGGUAACGGCGUCUUCACCAACGAUGGCGGCGACUGGGAACACUCCAGGGCGAUGCUGCGGCCCAACUUUGCGCGGUCCCAGAUCGCAGACCUGAACAUGUUUGAGCGCCAUGUCCGCGAGCUCAUCGAGCUGAUUCCCACUAACGGCUCGACCGUCGACCUGCAGCCCCUCUUCUUCGGCAUGACACUUGACUCUGCCACAGAGUUCCUCUUUGGCGAGUCUGCCAGUACUCUGUCCGGCCACCGCAGCACCGCUCCGAAGGGCGAUAUCUUUGGCCAGUCAUUCGACUUCUGCACCGGCUACAUUGGAAAGCGCUUCAGGUUCGGGUUGCCGUCCAGCUGGAGGAGCAAGGAGUACAAGCAGGGCGUAAAGGACGUGCAUACCUUUGCAGACCAUUAUGUCAAGAAGGGCAUUGAACGGUACAACUCGCGUGAGAAGACCGGAGAAAUUGCUGACGAGUCUGGUCGGUAUGUCUUUUUGGACGAGCUGGUCAAAGAGACUCAGGAUCCGAUGAUGCUGAGAUCGGAGCUCAUGAACAUUCUCCUUGCCGGCCGUGAUACCACUGCUAGUUUGCUUAGCGUGCUAUGGAACACUAUAUCGAAACGUCAGGAUGUAUGGGAGAAACUUCAGGCUGAGGUUCAGACGCUUAACGGUCGGGCUCCGUCUUUUGAAGAGAUCAAGAACAUGAAGUAUCUCCGCUUCACCUUAAACGAAGUUCUUCGACUUUACCCCGUUGUGCCAGGCAACUCUCGCAGUGCCAUCCAGGACACUAUCCUCCCGCGCGGUGGCGGCCCAGACGGCCAGUCUCCCGUGUUUGUGCCCAAGGGGACCACUGUCGUAUAUAGUGCCUACUCCAUGCACCGCCGUGCGGACGUCUACGGCCCAGACGCUCUCGAGUUCAAGCCCGAGCGAUGGGAGACCCUCCGCCCCGGCUGGGGCUAUCUGCCUUUCAACGGCGGUCCCAGAAUCUGCCUUGGCCAGCAAUUUGCGCUUACCGAAGCUUCCUACGCUACGAUUAGAAUCAUGCAGACCUUCAAUAACAUUGAGUCAAGGGACUCGCAUCCAUGGACUGAGCUACUUACCGUCACUUGCUCCAGCAAAUAUGGUGCUAAGGUGGCCCUGAGCUGA